CAACGAUCGACAUCGCCAUUAGAGUGGACAGUGGAGUUGUUUUGUGGUUUUGUAGCUGUAACUUCAUCACAAAUCACAAAACUUCACUCGUUAACAAUAGCAGCCGGCGUUUCAAGCUGAGCCUGAGUGAACUAAAUAAAAAAAAGUAAUCCCAAAUGGUGGCGUCCAAGCAAACUUGCUUCACAAAUAUGGUCCUUAUUUACUACCUGGGGGCAGUAAUUGCUUGUAUCGAAUGAAAAUGCGGCCUCCUGCAUUCGGACGCGUUCAUCUCGAUACUGAACCAAAAAACCUUACGUACUGCUCCGCGGAUGUGAUCAAUUACAUUUGAAAAGGCAGGAAGUGUCAUUAAGCAUCAGUCGAGGCAUUAAAAAAAAAGGAAACACUUAAUUAUACCGAAUGGAUCAAUAGUAUAUCAUUAUUGUGCAAUGGAUCUAGCAGAAACAAUGAAGAAUGUGUUGGCAAAGGGAAUGCAACAAACGUCCCUCAGUGAUUUGUCUUCUUCACCUGGAAUCGGCUUUCCUCCAGGCACUGGCUAUGUUACAGAAAAGUUGUACAUGCUGUUGCAGCUCUAUCUGCAGAACAAAGGGUGGAAUCCAUCUGUUGAAUUGUUGCAAUGCUUCUCGGAAUUAAAAGAGACCUCGAUGCUUCCUAGUGCUGCAUAUCUUCAGAUGAUGGCUUCAAGAGUAACCCUAGAUUCCCAAGGCCGCUUAAUUCUUAGAGAAAAUGGAAAAAUAAUACUCCCUUUCGAGCAUUUUGCGAAUGCAGUCAUGCUGAAGCAUAUGAAUGGACCUCACGGCCUCCACUUGGGCAUUGAAGCAACAGUUAGAGCUGUGAUGGAAUCUUAUACAAUUGGCAGAGAGAACUUUGGCAUGGAAAAGGAGUUUAUAAUAGAGGUGGUUCAGAAUUGUCCUAAUCCAGCUUGCCGUUACUACAAAAACCAAAUGGAACUCACUCAGAAGACGCUUCAGCAUUUGGCACCCGGAUAUUUGGGCGAGGCGCCUGGCAGUGCUGCAGCAGAUAUCAGAAGCAGACUGAAUGCAGUUGACAUGACCGGACAGCAGACAUCCGCAGAAGCAAAGGCGAACCAGUCAAAGCAGGCCGGUCUGGCUUCUGGCGGUCCCACGCAGCAGCAGAUCACGGCCGCCUUGAUCCAGCAUCAGAACAGGGCUAUGGCGCAACAGAGCAUCGACAAGCUGAACGCCACCAUUGAGAAACAACAACGACAGCAUAUGCAACAGAUGCAGCAGCAGCAUCAGCAGCAGCAGCUAGACCUGGCUGCCUCUGUUGUGGCAAAGGGACAACAACAACAACAACAACAGCAGCAGCAACAACAACAGGCACAGCAACAAAAGCAACAGCAGCAACAACAUUUUGAAGUGCCUCUAGUUGAUCAUAAGCUGCAGGAUUUCCUCAGAGCCAAUUUGGAAAAUUUUGAAGUUCCGUCGUUGUUGGGUUUGACAGGCGGCAAUAAAGAUUUGUUGGCGCUGCACAACGGCGCGUGGACGCCGUCGCCGUCGCCGAGCACCACGAUAGCGGAUAACAAGAGUUUAGGCGAAGGAGGUCAAGAGAAGAUUGUCAGAGCGUUUGCCGAGGUCAUGAAGAACAUGAGUCGCAUGAAAACGUACGUUCGACCGGCCAUGUGCAAACCGUACGGAAAGCAGUCGGAGGCGCUACAGAAAACCCUGAUGGACACAAUCCAGCUGAUACAAUCACUGAGAAGUUUCCUACCCCCUCCACAUAUCCAAGUCAGUUCUUGGAAAAACGAAGAUAAACAUCGGUACGACGAAGCCUAAGCAAACUUUUUUUAUAGAACUGAUACCCGAUUCUCAUUUAAAAAAAAUAUUUGUUUGGAAUUGAAUUUCAGCACUACCGAAAGUUUGCAUCAGGUUUGAAAAGUUCAGUCUACAAUUUUGCCUAUGUUCAAAGUUUACACGAAAAAUGUAGCUCGACAGAAAGGUGUUUUUUCGACUAACAUUUGAGAUCGCUAAGAACGAAAAUGGCUUUCAUUUAUUUUCCCAAACAACCGUUGAAGAUUAUUGGUUUAUUGACUUUUUUUCGGUGCAAAUAUUUUUUUAUACUAACGUAAAUUAUGUGAGAUUAAAGAUAAGUUUGGCACGUACAUAACAAGCCCAAGUUUGCCUGAAUCGGACAAAAAAUGUGGAAGUUAUGACAUAAGACAUGCGAUCUACAGUAUUUGACACAUUUAGGCUCUAAAAUACGCUUUCACUCUCAACCUUUUUCUCUUACGUUGCGUGGAAUUUCCCAGCAAUGGUCGUUCAUCAUGCCUUGAUCCCAAAAGCCCUCAUAACGCUUUUCAAUCGUAGCAAUGGUUCUCCUUGUUCAUCACUUUCAGCACCCAAAUCCGGAGGGAAAAAAUCCACGUUUUCUCUACAUUUUUUUUGCUCGGAAACCAAAAUAUUGCUCGUAAGUUGCUAAGAUGCUUGUGGUCAGCUUUUUUCGGGCGCUUUCUUCGAAUAUACCGGGUGUUCGAAAAAUAGACGGGGAUAUUUUAUGAGGUGAUUCCUUGUUGAAACAUACGAAAAAAAAGUUUCUAUGAACAUGGGUCCGGAAAUGCAGUUUUCAUAAAUAAAAAAAAAUAAUAUCUUAAAAGAUAUUUAUUCGAUUCUGUUGACGUUUGAACUAAUCUCCAUGCAGAAAUGAUUUUUUGUUUUGCAAUGCACUUUGGGUUUUGCUUAGCAAACAUUAAUAAAUAAAUUUUGUCCAGUGGCAUGCAAAAAAACGGUUUAUUUUUUUCCUCGAAAACGGAUAUGAAAAAAUACAAUACAGUUAAUCAAACAACAAAUAUCAAAGUUACAAAAAAGGUAGGGGCGUACAUUUUUUGUCAAUAAUAUUCGCUAAGGUGUCUCCGGGACGCCACUGGACCUAAUAAUUUUAACCUAUUUAUGGCUGAAUUAGCGUUCUAAUAAUAUUGCCAAAUUUCGAUCGAUUAAAUAUUUUUAAAGAUAUCGAUAAAAAAAUCAAUUUUUUUUUGUAUGUCUUAUAAAUAACUAAAAAUCUUGCAUGGAAAGUUUAUUCGUACCUGUCAACAUGUUGAACUGAAUCCCAAAAACACGUUUUCUCAUUCUUUGUUGUUGAAUAAAAAGUUUUCCCACAAAAAUUCUUAUACCCAUUUUAUGCGUGAAUGUUUUGAGGUUAGUCUGAAAAACAUGUUUCUGUCGAGGUACAUUUUUUAAAGCAAAAAUUUGUAAACUUGGAACCUUGAAUAUUUUUGAUAAAUGAGAAGGAGGGUCACAUAAUAAUUUUUAUGUCACAAUAUUUUUAGUGGAGAUCCUUGUGAAGGAUUUAAAUUAGUUCCAUGUUCCUUUUAUUUUAUGUUCGAUUAUGCUUUAACUGAAUUCAAGGUCAUCGCGAAUGUAUUUUUUCCAAAAUAAUCUUUGAUAUCCAAUACCAAUACGCGAAUAUUAGUUUUUUCAAUACUAUAAACGACGAUUUUUGAAAAAAUUGAGUGUAUUUCGCUGGUAGAAGUGGCGUUUGAAGCACAUUUUGUCAGUUGCCACCAAACAACAAAGUUUAGUGAUGGUUCGGAAUGAAUGCAUGGUGAUCUUGGAUUUUAUAAUCAAACUUUGUAUUUAAUUUUAGCAUUUGAGAACCUUGUUGUAAGCUUUAAUAUAUUGUUUUUGUCUGGAUCUGAGAAUCGAACUUUUAAAGUAUUCGUUUAUAUGUGAUGACUAUAUAUGUACUUAAUUUAGUGAUAUUACGUGGAAAUUAUAGUUUACGCUUGACGUCAAUGCAUGAAUCGCAAAAUAUUGCAAUUAGUUUAUUAGAAUUAAUAUCCGAAAUAUUCACCGACAAUGAAUAAAAGUGUACGUUUUCUCACUAUGACUCCAUCUACAUGAAAACCAUAUCGUACAAAAUUGUCUCGCUUUUUUAUGGUUAAAAAUAUUUGGGCGUGUUACAGAGACAUGAUCUAGUCAAAAUUUCCAUUGUUAUGCUAAAUUUUCGCCUGUGAUAUUGGCCACAAACUUUUCGGUGGUGAAGAGUGCGUAAAAUGAAGACUGUCUUCUGGGUGGUGAUCGGAUGUUCGGAUCCAAUUAUGAAUGAGAUUACUUAUCCGACUGAAACAGUUCUUUCAUAUGCUACUCAAAAAUAAUAUAAUGAUUAUGACUCAAUUCUCAAACUAGGUAUCUAAUGCACUAUUAUUAUUAUUGUAAUAUUUUAAUCCUCCUGGGAUUUAUCGACUGUCAUGCCAGGAUUAAUAUUGAAGAAAUAUGUCAAAAAGUGACUGAAUAUCAUGACAAUUUUAUACUCGUUUUUGCUGCUAGCAAAGCUUGUGCAAUUAUAGGAUACGAAAUAUAUAGUAUUUGGCCGAUGCCAUUUGUAACAAUACUGCAAUAAAAUACUUUCAAAAUGAA